AAUCAAUCUCUCUCUCUCUGUCUUUCUCUCUCCCUCCCUCCCUCCCUCCCUCCCUCCCGCGCUCUCUCAAGGCGGCCACGGACACCAACAAGAAGAGUAGUACAACUAUGACUCAGUUGUGCUGUGUUGACAUUUAGCUUCAGUUUUCUGCAAAUACAAUUCAACCCCAGUUUCUUCUAGUUUUCCUUCUAAACCCCUCCAUUAAACACAUCUCUCUUUCUCUCCCUCGAUUUUCGUGUUCCAUUUCAACUUUUGUUAAAGCCCACUAUCUCUCUCUCAUUCCAAGAACUCUCUCCCAGCUGGAGAAAGGACCAAAAAAGCAGCUUAAUUUAAGCACUUUGAGAUCUGGGAUUUGUGAGUUUUGCUUACAUUUUCAAUCUUUUUUGUGCUAGCUCUGAAGUUUCUUUGAGCCUCAGCUCCAAGCAGAGAAUUUGGGUUCCGGGUUUUAACCUUUGAAACAUUUCAAGUUAAAAAAUGGGGAGCAAAUGGAGGAAAGCAAAGCUUGCACUGGGGCUGAAUCUGUGUUUAUAUCUUCCCAAAACACUAGAGGAUUCAUCUCCCUCCUUUGUGGACUCAGCUGAGAGGUUGUCUGAUGCUGCCCUGCUUUCACCUGCCAAUUGGGCCGAUGGCUCCUCCAGGCCUACCACUCCAACUCCAUCCUCCAAUGGUUUGAAGCUCUCCAGAAAUGGAAGCAAAUCCUCAAAGCAAACGUGCUCGAUAUGCUUAACCAAAAUGAAACAAGGAGGUGGCCAUGCUCUUUUCACCGCUGAAUGUUCACAUUCUUUUCAUUUUCACUGCAUCACAUCAAACGUGAAACAUGGCAACCAAAUUUGCCCAGUUUGUAGGGCAAAGUGGAAAGAAAUCCCAGAGCAGGGUCCUAGUUUGGAUCCUCCCCCUGGAAGGGCAGCUAUUGGUCCGGUAGGUUGGCCCCAAAAUGAUGCUUUGAUGACUGUGGUUCGCCGACUUCCUCCUUCUCGAAGAGACUUGAGCCGACCACACAUCAUGCCACUUUACCAGGCUCAUGAGCCAGCUGUAUUUAAUGAUGAUGAAUCCUUAGACCAACCUGUGUUUGCUGAGAGAAGCUCGUGCGAUAAAAAUGGUGCAGAUGACAAUUUGGUUAGGAUGAUAGAGAUCAAAACAUUCCCAGAGGUUUCAGCUGUUUCAAAAUCCAAUUCUUGCGGCAAUUUUACAGUUUUGAUCCAUCUGAAAGCGGCUACUUCAAUUACAAGACAAAAUCCUAGCAGAAAUCAGUCCACUUUGCCGCCUCAGUUUUCUCAGAAUCAUCGUGCUCCAGUAGACCUAGUCACAGUGCUUGACACCAGCGGUAGCAUGGCAGGAACCAAGCUUGCAUUGCUGAAAAGGGCUAUGGGGUUCGUAAUACAGAAUCUUGGCUCCAAUGACAGACUCUCGGUUAUUGCAUUCUCUUCAACAGCACGUCGCCUCUUUCCCCUCCGCCGGAUGACUGACACUGGACGCCAGCAGGCAUUGCAAGCUGUUAACUCUCUGGUCGCAAAUGGUGGGACCAACAUUGCCGAGGGCCUAAGGAAGGGUGGCAAGGUAUUGGAAGAUCGAAGGGGAAAGAAUCCUGUUGCCAGUAUAAUACUGUUGUCAGAUGGGCAGGACACUUAUACCAUCAGUGGCUCUGGGCCUAACCAAUCUCAGCCAAAUUAUAAGUUGCUCCUCCCUUUGUCUAUUCAUGGCGGUGACAAUACAGGCUUCCAGAUUCCAGUGCAUGCAUUUGGAUUUGGUGGAGAUCAUGAUGCAUCAUCGAUGCACUCAAUUUCAGAGAUAUCUGGGGGAACAUUUUCUUUCAUUGAGACAGAAGCUGUCAUCCAGGAUGCAUUUGCACAAUGCAUUGGAGGGCUUUUGAGUGUUGUGGUGCAAGAGCUGCAGGUGGCAGUUGAGUGUGUGAACACAAGUCUCCGCCUCGGUUCACUAAAAGCAGGAAGCUACCCAAGUCGUGUGAUGGCUGAUGGACUGAAAGGGGUAAUUGAUGUUGGAGGUAUGUACGCUGAUGAAGAGAGGGAUUUUCUGGUUUCAGUAAAUGUCCCAACAGAGUCUUGUAGCAAUGUAACAUCAUUGAUAAAGGUGAAAUGCAUUUACAAGGAUCCCUUAAAUAAAGAAAUGGCGACAAUAGAGAGUGAAGAAGUUAGAAUCGAGAGACCUGAUGUAGUUGGGCAAGCAGUAGUGUCAAUAGAAGUGGACAGGCAACGUAAUAGGCUCCAGGCGGCCGAGGCAAUGGCUCAAGCACGAGCUGCAGCUGAGCUGGGAGACUUAGCUGGUGCAGUUUCAACCCUUGAAAUUUGUCGAAGGGUAUUGUCAGACACCGUGUCAGCAAAAUCCCAAGACCAUCUGUGUGUAGCAUUGGAUGCUGAGCUCAAGGAAAUGCAAGAGAGGAUGGCAAGCAGACAUGUGUACGAGGCAUCUGGCAGAGCAUACAUCCUUUCAGGAUUAAGCUCACACUCAUGGCAACGAGCGACAGCUAGAGGUGACUCUACUGAUGGUUCGAGUCUUGUUCAGGCUUAUCAAACCCCAUCAAUGGUCGAGAUGCUUACUAGAUCUCAAGCUACAUUGUUGGGUAGUCCAUCAGCCCAGCGGCUAGUCCGACCAACCAAAGCCGAGGUAAUCAUAUAGGGUUGCUGUGUGCUCAUCCUUUGUUAUUCAUUUUUUAUUGGGGAGAGGGAGAUAAAUUAAAGAGAUAAGGAGAGGUUUUUUUGGAUGUGGUUUGGCCUCCUGCCUUGUAUAUGUAAAUCAAUAAAAGCCGAAAAAAGAGAAUGAGAUGUUGAAAAAAGGUAUAAUUGGGAAGGAAAGAAGAAAAUGAAGAGUAGGGUUUAAGGGUUUAUAACAUUAUGUAUUUCUUGUUGUGUUUUUAUUGGGUGGUGUACAAAAUGAAAAACGGUUUUAUUAUCUAUGAGAGAAAUGGGGUACAAAAAGUAUGUAAUUGUCAAAAUGGUAUUGUAAUUUACCCUGCUCUCAAUUCAUUUGACAAAGUUUUGUUCAAUUCAUGA